AUGUAACAAAAUCUUUUGGUUGGCAUAUACUCUCUCCAUAACACUUUAUACCUAAAAAUGCACUUUCAAAAUUCAUUGUAUAUUUAAUGUAUCUGAUCUAUAUUAUGGACUAGAUACAUUAAAUAUACAAUGAACCUAAAAAGUCGUCAAUUUUAUCUUAUAAAGUGUUACAAAGUAAGCACAUAAGUAACUUCCAAAAUGAAUUAACACAGUAGCAUUAGUGGCAGCUUGUGCACCAAUUAAGAGAAGAGUGUAACCAGAAUCUUUUUCACUAAUAGAAUAAUAUUCUAUCACUUAUAUUUCUCAUCCAAAACAAAAUCUAAACUUUUUCCCUCCAAUAAGCAAUAAAAAUCUUAACUCCUUUUGCAGUUGCUUCCCUAUUCCUUUUGUAUACUGUCUUUAACUCUACUAUCAUCUUAACAACAUGCAUACCUUGCUUUCAAAACCCCUCACACUUCAAUCACAACCAAACACACCAAUUCCCCAAAACCAAACAAAACCACUCAAUUUAUCCCUUCUUUACACCCACCCACUUACUUCCAGCACCUACUCAACCAUUCUCCAAUAUUCCAACUCCCUCACUUUAGGAAAACAACUUCAUGCCCACUCCAUCAAAACUGGCUUUCACAAUCACCACUUUGUUCAAACCAAGUUACUCCAAAUGUAUUCAAUUAACUCCUUUUUCCAAGAUGCAUGCCACCUGUUCGACAUAAUGCCUGUUAAAAGCUUGCAUUCUUGGAUUGCACUUAUACGUCUUUACCUUAAUAUGGGGUUGUUUGAAAAAGGUGUUAUGCUUUUUGAACAACUGUUAUGUGAUGAUGGGGUGGGAGAAAAAUUGGAUUUUUUUGUGUUUCCUGUUGUUUUGAACAUUUGUUGUGGUCUUCGUGAUUUGGAAUUAGGUAGACAACUUCAUGGGAUGAUUUUGAAACAUGGGUUUGUUACUAAUGUUUAUGUGGGGAAUGCUUUGAUUGAUAUGUAUGGUAAAUGUGGGAGUUUGGGUGAGGCUAAGAAAGUUUUAGAAGCAAUGCCGCUAAAGGAUCGUGUCUCUUGGAAUUCUAUUAUAACUGCGUGUGCUUUUAAUGGGAUGGUGCAUGAAGCGUUGGAUCUCUUGCAAAAUAUGUUGAUGAGUGAGUUGGAACCCAAUGUUGUUACUUGGAGUGCAGUUAUUGGAGGAUUCUCGAGUAAUGGUUAUGAUGUUGAGUCGGUUGAAUUGUUAGCUAGAAUGGUAGGAGCAGGGGUGGCGCCAAAUGCUCGGACGCUGGCGAGCGUUCUACCUGCUUGUGCUAGGAUGAAAAGGCUUUGCCUUGGGAAAGUAUUGCAUGGCUAUAUUGUUAGACGUGGGUUGUUCUCUAAUGGUUUUGUUGUGAAUGCAUUAGUGGAUAUGUAUAGAAGGUGUGGUGAUAUGAAAAGUGCCUUCGAAGUGUUUUCCAAAUAUGUGAGGAAAUGUGCAGCGUCUUACAAUACAAUGAUAGUUGGUUAUUCGGAACACGGGAACAUUAUAAGGGCAAAGGAAUUAUUUGAUCAGAUGGAACAAGAAGGUGUGGAGAGGAAGAGGAAUAGAAUAUCAUGGAAUUGUAUGAUAUCCGGGUAUGUGAAUAAUUUCAUGCUUAAUGAAGCUCUCAUAUUGUUUCGAGAUUUACUGAUCAACGGAAUUGAACCUGAUUCAUUCACUCUUGGAAGUGUCCUUACUGGCUGUGCUGAUAUGGCUUCUAUUCGACGAGGGAAAGAGAUACAUUCCAUUGCAAUUGUCAAAGGUCUGCAGUCCAACAGUUUUGUCGGCGGAGCUUUGGUAGAAAUGUACUGUAAAUGCAAUGACAUUAUAGCUGCUCAAAUGGCAUUUGAUGAAAUAAGUGAAAGAGAUACAUCAACAUGGAAUGCAUUGAUAUCUGGCUACGCUCGGUCUAAUCAAAUUGAAAAGAUCAGAGAACUUCUUGAGAGAAUGAAAAGGGAUGGUUUUGAGCCAAAUGUGUAUACAUGGAAUAGUAUUUUAGCUGGCCUUGUGGAAAAUAAACAAUAUGAUCCAGCAAUGCAAUUGUUCAAUGAAAUGCAGGUUUCAAAUUUGAGGCCUGACAUAUACACAGUUGGAAUAAUCUUAGCAGCAUGCUCCAAGUUGGCAACAAUUCACCGAGGAAAGCAGGUCCAUGCAUAUUCCGUAAGAGCCGGGUACGACUCUGAUGUUCAUAUUGGAGCCACCUUAGUAGACAUGUAUGCAAAAUGUGGCGGUAUUAAACACUGCUAUCAAGUUUAUAACAAGAUAUCAAAUCCUAAUUUGGUGUGCCACAAUGCUAUGCUCACUGCUUAUGCUAUGCACGGACAUGGAGAAGAAGGAAUUGCUAUUUUCCGCAGAAUGUUGGCUGACAAAGUUAGACCGGACCAUAUAACUUUCCUAUCAGUUCUUUCUUCAUGUGUUCAUGCAGGAUCCAUUGAGAUUGGUUAUGAAUGCUUUUAUUUAAUGAAAAAAUUCAACAUCACACCCACAUUAAAACAUUAUACGUGUAUGGUCGACCUCUUGAGUCGUGCAGGGAAGCUCGAUGAAGCAUUUCAACUCAUCAAAAACAUGCCAAUGGAAGCUGAUUCAGUGACUUGGAGUGCUUUGCUUGGAGGUUGUUUUAUUCACAAGGAAGUUUCCUUAGGUGAAAUUGCAGCAGAAAAACUCAUAGAAUUGGAGCCGGGUAACACCGGAAACUAUGUUAUGUUAGCAAACUUGUAUGCUUCUGCAGGGCGAUGGCAUGAUCUUGCUAAAAUUAGAGAGUUGAUGAAUGAUAGGGGAAUGCAAAAGAGCCCAGGAUGUAGUUGGAUAGAAGAUAGAGAUGGGGUUCAUGUUUUUCUUGCUAGUGAUAAAACUCACCAAAGAGCAGAAGAGAUAUAUUAUAUGCUGGAUAAUUUGACCAAGUUUAUUAGAAUAAAAGAACAUAAAUCAUUUAUAACAUGAGCAAAGAGUUGUACAAUAUUAAUAGGAGUAGACAUUGUAAGAAAAUAUACAUGUACAUAUUUCAGAAGAUGACUACUCAAGAAUAUACAUACAACGAUGGCCUCCAUAUCGUCAUGAAAUUGAAACCA